AUGGAAACGCUCCUGAAUGGAUUGGAUGAGUGUGGUGUGCGACAGCCACUGAACAACUGGUUCCGUGACUUUGUCACAUCUCGUACAUAUCGUGUGAAGGUAGGCGAUUCGCUCAGUGCGGAGGUGAAGGUACAGUAUGGUGUACCUCAGGGUUCGGGGUGUGGGCCAGUAUGCUAUCUCAUGUACGUCAAUAGCCUAUGUGGUGUACUACGCCACUGUUCAGCAUAUAUGUUCGCGGAUGACCUAUGUACUCUUCGUGCCGGCACCGACCUCGCUGAGACGUGUCGCUUGGUUCAACAGAAUAUUGACUCCGUAGUCAAAUGGUCACACGACAAUGGUAUUAUGUUAAAUGCAGAUAAAACAAAAGUGAUUGGCUCGCCUUAUAUUCGUUCUACAGGUUCACCGCCUCCCUUGUAUGCACACAGUUUUAACUGCUUUCAUAAUAAUUUAAGUAAUUGCCUAUGUAAUCCUAUAGAAAAAGUUAUUUUUGUAACAUACUUAGGUAUUAAAGUAUGUUGA